UUUUGGUGCACAAUCGAAUAUUUUAUGCACGAAUUACUUUCAUUUACUACCAGAAAAAAAAAAAUGACAACGUACAGUUCUAACUCUAUGAGUUCCAUUCCAGACUUAAUCAGUAGCAGCGUCUCAUUAGAUCUAGAGACAUACCAUGAACACCAGCAUGAUCACAGUAGACCAAUGGGAACGAUUCACCCAUUUGCUCCACAGAGGUCCUUAAUUAAAAGCAUUGGAAGAGAAUUCAGGAGUGUUUUAAGGAUUAAACAGUCAAGAAAAAUCAUCCUGUUCCUUGGGUUGAAUGUCCUUGGUACUGUCAUUUUAUUUAUCUGGUGCCAUGCAACCAACAGUAUGGCACUCACAGCAUACACAUAUUUGACCAUUUAUGACAUCUUUAGUUUGUUGAUAUGCCUGCUAAGUCUUUGGGUUCAGAUACAGAAGCCCUCUCCUGCGUAUUCAUUUGGAUAUGAAAGAUUUGAAGUAUUAGCUGUCUUUGCAAGUACAAUGCUGGCCCAGCUUGGAGCAUUGUUCAUCAUUAAGGAGAGCAUUGAAAGAUUGCUUAUUCCUCCAGAAAUUCGCACUGGGCGACUUUUGAUAGGAACUGUAUUUGCCUUUUUCCUGCAUAUGUUUGUGACCUACAGUAUCAACAACAAAGCCAUAAAUCACACGGUGGACGCCUCCAGCUCCAGCUGGCUACAGGAACAUGUCUCAGAUAUGAGUGAAAGCGUUUGUCAUAUUAUUCCUGGUUUGAGUAAAAUCCUCUUGCCAAGGAUUAACCCUUUUGCACUUAUUGGCUGCACUGGUGCUAUAGCUUUAAUACUGACAUACAUUCUUAUAGAUACAAAGUCCUAUUAUUCCGCUGAUACUUGGGCUGCAAUGGCUAUAGCUAUUAAAACAUGUGGAACUAUGUUUCCUAUGAGUGUAUAUACAGGGAAGAUUCUACUACAGACUGCCCCUUCUCACAUCCUGGGACAGCUGGACAAGGUACUGAGGGAGGCCUCCACUCUGGAUGGGGUACUGGAAUUCAGAAACGAGCAUUUCUGGACUCUCUCAUUUGGGACUUUGGCUGGUUCAGUACAAGUGAGGGUAAGGCGAGAUGCUGAGGAACAAAUGGUGUUGGCACAUGUCUACAACAGACUGUCAAACCUUGUGUCUCGGUUGACUGUCCAGAUAGUCAAAGAUGACUGGACCAGGGGCUCAUCAUACAACCUGCUGGCAGGGUCUUCAUUUCCCUCACCAUUCCCUCCCACACCAGGAACACUGAAAGGACCUUCACCCAUCUUGGAUCAAUCUCAGCGAAAAAUGAGCAGACCAUUCUCACCAGAUAAUUUAUCACAGGAGCAAAGGACUUCCACACCCAUAAGGUGGUCUCCUGCAUAUGGAACUAGUCAUCCUGAACUAAGUCAUCAAGGUCAUGGUCAUAGUCAUCAAGGUCAUGGUCACAGUCAUCAAGGACAUGGCCAUAGUCAUUGAGAGUCUUCUACUGUAUAUCUAGUUAUUUAGCAGAAUUCAUAAUUUAGUGCCUCGGGGGUUGAACUAAGAGCUCAUUUGCUUUCAAGUAUGAACAUUUCUAUUUAUCCGUGAUCAAAGUAUUUAGCAGUAUUAAUUCAUGAUCAUAUCAAAUACUGUAAAUCCCUUGCCUCAGUAACUUUAUAGCUACUCUGUUGUAUCAUACUGCACUGUGAUGUUGUACUACUAGAUGUUGUCAAUAUCAAGAGUAAUCUACCUUGCGUAAUUUCUAACCACAAUAUUAUUUCUUUUUUGCAAACUUUAGUCAAAAUGCUAUAGAGUUUUUCUUUCUUGUAAACAAAAAUUUUGUAAAUCAUCUUUUUUUGUUAAAGCAAAUUACAGGUUGUUUGUUUGUUUGUUUGUUUGUUUUUUUUAAAUAUAUUUUUGCAAAUUCAUUUGGUUCUGUAUUACCAGGUACACUUUUUAUUAUAUUGUUGGCAUUGAAAACUAAGGUACAUGUAAAUAGUAUUGGGAUGUUGUUACUACUUUUCAUAUUGCCCAUCAUACAAUGACAACCUAUACAAACUCAUGAUACAGAUAUUCAGGAAAUUGGUCUGUGGUUUUUUUUAUGAACAUCAUGAACAAACUCUCUACUGGCAAAGGCCUAAUUUCUUAAACCUUUUGUAAGAAUAGUUAUAAAAUUUAUGUGCCCCAUUGUCAAUAGGUUAUGUAUUGUCCAGGCUUUAUUGCAGCUGUUAUUAAAUGAUGGCUAUUAUUAAGAUCCAUGAAAAGCUGUGAUAUGAGCUAUAUACUUUCAGUCUUUGGUGCAGAGUAAGACGGAUCAGCAUGUAUAUAAAUACUUUUUAGGUUCCUGAGUCACUCAGGUGACCUAUUGGUAUUGGUCUGCGUUGGUUGUCCAUUGUGCGUUAACAAUUGAAUGUUUUUAACUUCUUGAUCAUUUUCCUUCCAAUUCCUUUCCAAUUUGAUGUGAAGCAUCUUCGGAACAAGGGUAACAUCAAUACUCCUGCACCCUCAGGGCCUUAAUGGUGGCACAAAAAUUGAAGAAUGUUAAAAAAUCUUUACAACUGCACAUCUGUAAGAAAAACUAAAUGCAUUGUCAUGCAGAACAGGACAGCCUUAACCAAAAUUAUUAAUUUUAUGAUCCCCAGGGUAGAGGUUCUGACUCCAGGGUGGGGCCAAACUUGGCAUAUAGUGUUUAUGUGUAAAACUGGUGGAUAUUUAGAAGGAGCAGGUAGCCCAUUACCAAAAUUGUAAAUUUCAUGACCCCAGGGGUAAGAGUUUUGGUUCCAGGUUUGGGCUAAAAUGGUCAUAGUGAUUGAAUGUCUUUAUCAUUUGAAAAACUUCUUUAAUUUUGCUGAUACUUUGUAAAAACUAAAAGCAUAUUUAGGAAAAGCAGAAAGGAAUGUACCGAAACUGUGAAUUUUGUAAUCCCUUGGUUCUGACUCUAGGGCAGGUCCAAAAUAAUCAGAUGGUGUUAAUAUAGCAUAUAUUAUGUAAAGUAUUUCAUAAGUAUGGGGACAUUUAUGGUUUUAAAAUGGAACACAUCUUGUUUUAUCAUAGAUUCUGUAGCCCUUGGGGCUAGCUAUACUUUUAGCUACAUGUAAUACUCAGGUGACUGUUAAGGCCUGUGCGCCUCUUAUUUGACAGUGAUUUGCGACAGUGAGACCUGUAAAUUGACCAGAUUGACAGUAUAGUUCCUAAUACUCUAUAUUCUCACAAAUAAAAAGUUAUUAUCAGUUAUAUAUUUACAUUUCCAAUAUUUCUUUACAAAUUGUAAUGAUGGUCAUUUCCUCAUGAAUGUGUUGCAGUUGGGAACAUGCGUGUAUGAAUUUUGAUAAAUAUAGUAGGUCUAUUUUAACAGAUGGGAAUUCAGAAAUGAAAGUAGAAUGUAAAUGUGAUGAAUAGAUUUUAUGUUUAUAAGUACAUGAGGGUAUGAACUUCCACUUUCACGCCUGCAUACUUUUCAUUAAGUGCUAACACACUUCAUGAAGUACGCCAGCGUGAAGUGUCACAGUUCAUACCGUUAUGUAUUUUCAAAAAUUAAAUUCAUUUCUUAAAUAUCAGAUCUAUUUGUGAUAAAUUUUGUGUACAAUGAAAGAAUAAAAAUGUAAUUUAUGAAUUACGUUUCAGUGGUAAAGCUUUCAUUUUUUGACAGUUAGCUAUAUUUUACUUAGAAAUAUUGCUAAACAAACACAAAUUUUCGUAAUUUCUACUCCUUGCAGACCAUUUAGUGAGAAAGAAGUAUUUCAGUGAACCAAAGCAUUGUUUCAUACAUAAAUUGUGUGAUAGAUAAAACUGCAUGUUCAAAUUUUAAGAAUGUCGUUUAAAUUUUUCCUUUUAUAGUCAAAUAUGUCAAUUUUUUCAUAGUAUACCAGAUGUUAUAUAAAUGGCAUAUAUUUUGUUCUGAUGUUUUCGGACUGAUCCAGCUGACGGGGUUCUUCUGAACUGUUAACUAUUGAAUAAUGGAGUACGGUAGAUCAUAUCUUGGUCCCAUUGUUAGUGUGUUAAAAGUGCAUUGUGAUAAAACCUUAUCCUGGACAGACAGAGAGACUAUCCUGUCAGCAAGAGAAGACUUUUUUCGGCCAGUUCAUGACUGUUGGCCAACUGCAAUUCUAUACAUGUAUUGUAUUUUUUUUCCCCUUCUUUGUUUUAUAUAAUUAUGAUUUUCAAAUGUGAAUUAUUGAGUAAAUAUGGUGCAUUGA